GACGGACGCUUGACUUUUUAUCCAGGAAACCAGACUGUGGAUUUGCCUUCCAUCAAUUUUAUGAAGACUCAUGGCAGUGUCUUUCUCAAUGCCUACACCAAUUCUCCCAUUUGUUGCCCUUCCCGUGCAGCUAUGUGGAGUGGCCUUUUCACUCAUUUAACAGAAUCUUGGAAUAACUUCAAGGGUCUAGACCCAGAUUAUGUGACGUGGAUGGAUCUCAUGGAGAAGCAUGGCUACCGCACGCAGAGGUUUGGGAAGCUGGACUAUACUUCUGGGCAUCAUUCAGUAAGUAACCGUGUGGAAGCCUGGACCAGGGAUGUUGAUUUCCUGCUCCGUCAAGAGGGGAGGCCUAUGGUAAAACUUACUGGUGAUAGGAGCCAUGUGAGGGUGAUGGAAGCAGACUGGCAAAACACUGAUAAAGCAGUAAAGUGGAUAAAGGAGGAAGCCAUUAACCUCACUCAGCCUUUUGUCCUUUACCUGGGACUGAAUUUACCACACCCAUACCCAUCACCCUAUGCGGGAGAACAUUUUGGAGCCUCCACAUUUUUAACAUCUCCUUAUUGGCUUGAAAAGGUAAAUUAUGAAGCUGUUAAAAUUCCCAAGUGGUCUUCUCUUUCAGAGAUGCAUCCAGUAGACUAUUACUCAUCUUACACCAAGAAUUGCACAGGAGAGUUCACAGACCAGGAAGUGAGAAAUAUUAGAGCUUUUUAUUAUGCCAUGUGUGCAGAGACAGAUGCCAUGCUGGGUGCUGUGAUCUCUGCCCUGAGGGACACGGGGCUGCUGGGGGGCACGGUGGUGAUGUUCACUGCAGACCACGGGGAGCUGGCCAUGGAGCACCGGCAGUUCUACAAGAUGAGCAUGUACGAGGGCAGCGCCCACGUGCCCCUGCUGGCCAUGGGGCCUGGGCUGAAGCAGCAGCAGCACAUCCCAGACGUGGUGUCUCUCGUGGAUAUCUAUCCUACUAUGCUGGGUGAGUUGGCUCAUUUCAAACUG